CGGCGACUCUUCGUCGCUGGUCAACAAGCAAUGUCAUAACCUAAAACAACGUCCAACCAAUAGUACAGUAUACGUAUACCAUGCAAGUUGAUUUCCAACCGUUGGGCCAAAGUCUCCGAACUGUGGUUGAAGCUGGCGUGAUCCUCGCGGGCGUGGCGGGGUAUUACUACUUUGGUUCGGCAUCGCCAAUUCCCAAGUGCGCUCCAACUCAAAAAGAUGCUCAAAACGAUAGUGCUCAGGCACUUGAACGACUGUCAAUUGCCGACUUGCCUUCCAAGGUCGUCCACUUGGCACAAGACGCGAGCGUGACAAACUUGAGGGAUUUGCUGUUUCGGACAGUCCCAGCCGAACAGCUCGAAGGGCAUUACAUCCAUUCGCUCAACAUUGCAGGCAAAUUCCAAGGCUUUGAAGUGUACGGACACCCCAACAAGUCGGGCACGACAAGUGUCAUUCACUUUGGCGACAAACUGUGCGGUCAUCCUGGCAUUGUCCAUGGCGGAUGCAUUUCGACGGUGUUUGACGAAUUGUUUGGGUGGACAAUGAUGUGGUACCGUAUUCCCACAUAUUGUUCCAGACGUAUUUUAUACUUAGUACUUACAACUAACGUAGGACAAGUGGAAAGCUCGGGUUCACGGCGAAUUUGAGUGUCAAUUUUCGUAAACCACUGCCAGCCGAGAUAUUUGGAAUCGUGUUCACCGACUUCGACAAACUCGAAGGGCGAAAACUAUUUAUGAAGGCGAGGCUUGAGGACAACGAAGGCACUUUGUAUGCCGAUGCCACUGCCUUGUUCAUUUUGCCAAAGGAGCAAACGUAACAGUUUGUACAUGGUCCAUAAUGUCGUACGCAAAGCGUGGAAGUGCACAAGUACAUUAACAAGUCAAUCAUUGCACCAGUAUUUUCGUAUAACGUUUACGUUCGACUUUGCCGCAGCAAUGCGCUUUUCAUAAUUUAGGACCGUCGCACUGGUGGGGAUGCAUGCAGUUAGCGUGAAUAGGACUCGUAGUAGACAGGUAAUCAGUAAAGAGUUUCACUCGAUGCAAACUGAGCUAAACAUCGACAAGCGCAGCCAUCCAUGAUUUUACACGUCGUCCAAUGGGCCGAAAUCGCCUCG